AUGUUACUUUUGAAUGCAACUGACCAUCAAUUAUUUCAAAAUUUCUUUGAUAUUGAACCAAACAAAGAAUAUAUUGCUUUGUUACAACAUAGUCUUCUAUUAACAACAUUAAAAGCAACAUCUAGUUUACUACAUAAAAUCAUAAAUAAUAUUGAUACAAAUAUUCAAAAACUCAAUGAUCCAUCGACACAAUACACAACAACUUAUACUUCAUCGAAUACAAUCGAAACACUGCUAACUUUAGAGAAACAUGUUAUUCAAGAAGCUAUCUUUAUCCAUCCAAAAGAACUUGAACAAAUCCAAACAACUAUACAAAAAGAGCAGAAAAAGUUUUUCGUACAAAACAAAUAUAUGCAAACCACACCUCAAUAUUAG